CCCGGCCCCGCCGCCCCCCGCCCGCGCCCGCGCCCCCGCCGCCGCCGCCAUGGGCGUGCAGGGCUUCCAGGACUAUAUCGAGAAGCACUGCCCAAGCGCCGUGGUGCCGGUGGAGCUGCAGAAGCUGGCCCGGGGCAGCCUGGUGGGCGGCGGGCGGCAGCGGCCCCCGCAGACCCCGCUGCGCCUGCUGGUGGACGCCGACAACUGCCUGCACCGCCUCUACGGAGGCUUCUACACCGACUGGGUCAGCGGCGGCCAAUGGAACCACAUGCUCGGCUACCUGGCGGCGCUGGCCAAGGCCUGCUUCGGAGGCAACAUCGAGCUCUUCGUCUUCUUCAACGGCGCGCUCGAGAAGGCCCGGCUGCACGAGUGGGUCAAGCGGCAGGGCAACGAGCGCCAGACGGCGCAGCAGAUCGUCAGCCAUGUCCAGAACAAGGGCACCCCGCCGCCCAAGGUCUGGUUCCUGCCGCCCGUCUGCAUGGCCCACUGCAUCCGCCUGGCGCUCAUCCGCUUCCACGUCAAGGUUGCACAGAGCAUUGAGGAUCACCAUCAAGAAGUGAUUGGUUUCUGCAGAGAGAACGGUUUCCAUGGCUUGGUUGCAUAUGACUCUGAUUAUGCACUGUGCAACAUCCCCUACUAUUUCAGUGCUCAUGCCCUAAAACUGAGCCGGAAUGGGAAAAGUCUCACGACAAGCCAAUAUCUGAUGCAUGAAGUUGCCAAGCAACUGGACCUGAAUCCAAAUCGUUUUCCUAUUUUUGCUGCUCUGUUAGGAAAUCACAUUCUCCCUGAUGAAGAUCUGGCUUCCUUUCAUUGGAGUUUACUUGGUCCAGAACAUCCACUAGCUUCACUUAAGGUCCGUGCCCACCAGCUGGUCUUACCACCUUGCGAUGUAGUGAUCAAAGCCGUUGCUGACUAUGUCCGCAACAUUCAGGACACCUCUGACUUGGAUGCCAUAGCUAAAGAUGUUUUUCAGCAUUCACAGUCUAGAACAGAUGACAAAGUUAUUCGAUUUAAGAGAGCAAUUGGAUAUUAUUCAGCGACUAGUAAGCCUAUGUCAUUUCAUCCACCACAUUACUUAGCCAGACCCAGCCCAUUUGGAAUGCCCGGGAUGAUGCCACCCUGCGUUCCCCCCCAGAUGCUCAACAUUCCACAGACCUCUCUGCAAGCAAAGCCCGUGGCCCCACAGGUGCCCAGCCCAGGGGGUGCCCCAGGCCAGGGUCCAUACCCCUACAGCCUCGCUGAGCCGGCUCUCACAUUGGACAGCAGCAGGAAGAAUUUGACAGAGCAGAACAGCUACAGCAACAUUCCUCACGAAGGGAAGCACACGCCACUGUAUGAGCGGUCCUCACCCAUCAACCCAGCCCAGGGCGGUAGCCCCAAUCACGUGGAUUCUGCCUACUUCCCUGGCUCUUCUACAUCAUCCUCUUCAGACAACGACGAGGGCAGUGGAGGGGCAACAAACCAUAUCAGCGGGAACAAGAUUGGCUGGGAGAAGACAGGAAGCCACUCGGAGCCUCAGGCACGGGGAGACCCAGGAGACCAAACAAAGGCAGAAGGUUCAUCCACUGCCUCUUCGGGAAGCCAGUUAGCCGAAGGCAAGGGGAGCCAGAUUGGCACUGUCCAGCCCAUCCCAUGCCUCCUGUCGAUGCCCACCAGGAACCACAUGGACAUCACCACACCUCCCCUGCCCCCCGUCGCGCCCGAGGUGCUGAGAGUGGCCGAGCACAGGCAUAAGAAGGGGCUGAUGUACCCCUACAUCUUCCACGUCCUGACAAAGGGUGAAAUCAAAAUUGCUGUUUCUAUUGAAGAUGAAGCCAACAAAGACCUGCCUCCAGCCGCCCUGCUCUAUAGGCCAGUUCGUCAGUAUGUUUACGGAGUCCUGUUUAGUUUGGCAGAAAGCAGAAAGAAAACUGAGAGACUUGCUUUUAGAAAGAACAGACUUCCACCAGAAUUUUCAGGACUUCUGCAUCGUAGGUGUGCCAUGGUGCCCCAUGUGCUCAGAAAGCAGAGUCUUGACCCCUCAUGCCCUGCUUCAGUCUCACCAGUGAUCAUUAAAGAGUGGGCAGCUUACAAAGGGAAGUCUCCUCAAACCCCAGAACUGGUGGAAGCUCUUGCCUUCAGGGAGUGGACCUGCCCUAACCUGAAGCGGCUGUGGCUGGGCAAGGCGGUGGAGGACAAGAACCGCAGGAUGAGGGCCUUCCUGGCCUGCAUGAGGUCGGACACCCCAGCCAUGCUCAACCCUGCCAACGUGCCCACUCACCUCAUGGUGCUCUGCUGCGUCUUACGGUAUAUGGUGCAGUGGCCAGGAGCACGCAUACUGCGUCGUCAAGAGCUGGAUGCCUUCCUGGCUCAGGCGCUGUCUCCCAAACUCUAUGAACCUGACCAGCUACAGGAGCUCAAGAUUGAGAACCUAGACCCCCGAGGAAUUCAGCUGUCAGCUCUCUUCAUGAGUGGAGUAGACAUGGCACUGUUUGCAAAUGACGCGUGUGGACAGCCAAUCCCCUGGGAACACUGCUGUCCCUGGAUGUAUUUUGAUGGGAAGCUCUUCCAAUCCAAACUCCUCAAAGCCAGCCGGGAGAAGACCCCACUCAUCGACCUCUGUGAUGGUCAGGCUGAGCAGGCUGCCAAGGUGGAGAAGAUGCGGCAGAGUGUCCUGGAGGGGCUCAACUUCUCGCGGCAGAGCCACCCACUUCCGUUCCCGCCGCCCCCUACCCUGCCCUUCUACCCACCCUCUGUGUACCCACGCCACUUCGGGGCUGUCCCACCAUCUCAGGGCAGGGGCAGAGGCUUUGCAGGAGUCUGUGGCUUUGGAGGCCCCUAUGGGGAACCGGUAGCAACAGGCCCUUACCGUGCCUUCCGGGUGGCGGCAGCAUCGGGACACUGUGGAGCCUUCUCAGGCAGUGACAGCAGCAGGACUAGCAAGUCCCAGGGCGGAGUCCAACCUAUACCUUCUCAGGGAGGGAAGCUAGAAAUAGCUGGUACUGUGGUUGGCCAUUGGGCUGGGAGCAGGCGGGGCCGUGGGGCCCGAGGGCCUUUCCCCUUGCAGGUGGUUUCUGUUGGAGGACCAGCAAGAGGGCGUCCAAGAGGAGUUAUUUCCACCCCAGUGAUUAGAACGUUUGGAAGAGGGGGAAGGUACUAUGGCAGAGGCUAUAAGAACCAGGGCAUGAUUCAGGGCAGACCUCCUUACGCUGCCUCAGCAGAAGAAGUGGCCAAAGAACUGAAGUCGAAAUCUGGGGAAUUGAAGUCCUCUGCCCUGUCUUCAGAUGGGUCCCCGGCAGAAAAUGGAGUGACGGCGGAGGAGAGGCCGGCUCCCCAGAUGAAUGGGAGCGCAGGUGACACCAGGGCCCCCAGCCGCUCAGAAAGUGCCUUGAACAAUGACUCUAAAACGUGCAAUACAAAUCCUCAUUUAAAUGCACUAAGUACAGACAGCACUUGCCGCAGAGAGGCUGCUCUGGAGGCAGCUGUCUUAAAUAAAGAAGAGUAAACUUA